AGAGAAAGGCAGCGAGGGUGAGGGGGCAAGGACGCGCGCAUCGUUUUCCGCCUGGAAGUUUCGGUUUCGGGAUGCUCCGAGAGCAGGAAAUUGAUGCGGAUGGAGAACCCGCAUCUGCGGUAAAGCAGAACGGCGCACCAGAAAAGAGGGCACGCGGCGCACACUAUUCGUCCUUGCCAUCAGAGCGCAAUGCGACGACCAUGAUGGUGAGCAAGCCAAGGAGCCCCCCACAGCGCGAGCUCGCCUCUUCACCGUCGCUGGAGCCGGCGGACCUGAAGCAGGGCCUGUGCCAGCGGCGCGCCCUGGACCAAGGCGUCGACGCACUACUAGCCUGCGCAGCCUGCCAGGGACCCAUCCGGGAACGAUUCUACUUACAGGCGUUGGACCAGCCUUGGCACACGGGGUGCCUGCGUUGCUGCCUUUGCGGCACAGGACUCGACUCGCAGGCAUCUUGUUUUGCGCGAGAAGGACGUAUCUACUGCAGGGACGACUACCUCAGGGCAUUUGUGCGGUGCUGCGCGUGUGGCGCGGCGCUAUCCCCUCGAGACCUUGUGAUGCGGGUCCGUGGAGGGCUGGCCUUCCACGUCGGCUGCUUCCGCUGCGCCAGCUGCCUAUGCCCGCUGCUCAAAGGGGACGUGUACGGCAUGCGGGACAACAGUGUAUUCUGCAAGCUCCACUUCCAGGACACCGCGCUGCUGGCAGAGCGAAACAAGCGUAUGCGCACCUCCUUCAAGCACGGUCAGCUGCGCGCCAUGAAGGCAUACUUCACUGUCAACCACAAUCCGGACUCCAAGGACUUGAAGCAACUGUCUCUCCGCACGGGGCUCAGCAAAAGAGUGCUGCAGGUGUGGUUUCAGAAUGCACGAGCCAAGUGGCGCCGGAACCUGCUGCGUCAAGCAAGCCACGGACCCGAGAUUGCCCAGGACUCGAGUCCACUCCAGGACCUCGGCGCCACCAUCACGCUAGAAGAGCAAACUAUCCACUCCUACGCGAACCUCUUCUGAGCCUUCCCCACGGCGUUUCGCGGAGCUUCUUCGCUAAUAGUGUUCAGUGCCACUGUUUAGAAUGUCAUGACCACGAAAGGCGCAAAUCGCCGUUCCACACGAGCAAGGAAUGCUGCGCAAGGUCACGAAGUGUUAGUUAAGUCUACUGGGCGUUUUCUGAUACGGGCGCCAUUAAAAGAGGUGGUGCCCUUGAUGGACGCAAGGGUUAUCAUUCUGCAUGUCCUUGGAAGGAGGAAAACGUAGGGGAGAUGCGUCAGGCCCAAAUUAAACCCGUUUUUUUUUCGAGUACACGCCCACAGGGGCCAGGUGGGCACCUACACCCACUUGGGUGGAUUGGCGAAGAAUUGGGUGGAUAUAAAUAUAAUUUUAGAAAUAUGAAUUUAUGCUAGAACGUUUAAACAAUUGAGGGGACUAGGUCUUCUUGAUUAAUAUGCUAGGCGUGCCGGCGAACACCAGCGCGAGAGCAACCAGCUCGAGCCUGAUUGUGCGUCUCUACCUCUGUGACAAUGGCGAUACACUGACUAUGAAGCAGUUGCUACAUUAUACUUUAUAAAGCACUGUCUAUAACUUUGGGAAGUGCUGCGCGAUGUCCCACCCAUGUUUUGACAGAAUAACUUAGCAGUCAUCAUGAAAGAGGGUAAGGCGUGGAGACACGAUAAUAGAAGUGAACAAGAAAAUAGUCAUGGGAUUCCUUACAUCCUCUCUUUAUCACUCAGGCUGAAGAAAGUGAGAAGUAGAUACGGUGUGAACGUUGUUUUUACGGCUCCCAGUUAGCUAGGCUUGAUAUGCGCCACCGUGCAGAGAAAGGAGCAGGUAAGGGACGAAAGGAGGAUAUACGUUCGUUUCGUAAAACACACCAAGAAAUUUACAGAUUUCCGUACUGUUUCGUGCAAUAAACGUUUAUUCCACCUCCUCCUCCGUACUGUUUGGCCGGGUGCAUUAAGUUCUGUUCAGUUUCGGCCGCUUCUGCGUGCGGCUGACAAAUUUGUGUUAUUCAGAGAGCACUUGUGAAUAAAAGGUCGUUAACCCGAAGAUUGCCAUGUAAUCUUUCUUUGCACUGUCGAGAUUGUAAUUUCACGCCAAAAUUUGACGCAUAAGCUGUUUUAUAGAGGCACAAGAACGAGAAACCGCGUCUCAUGGUCGAGGCUUGGCAUAUAAAUAGUAUAGUGCAGGGGUCUCAAACUCACCUGAGCUAGCAGGUCGCAGUACGAAAUUUAGUCCCACAAGGGCCGGGACAGCAGGGAAGAUGGUGGGGGAGGGGGGGGGAGAGAGAAUUUUAACAAUAUGUUACCUAACGUUGCCAUUUGAAAGAACGCCUUUGCAAUAUCCCAUAUAUGCACCAUUUCUGAAGCGGAUUUGACAUCAGGUUUUAAAAACAUAUCGAUAUUGAUAUCCGCAAUGUCUGAAAUCUGGACGCCGAUUCUGAAAUAUACAGUUUUCGUUCCACGGUGAAGUUUAAACUGACAGUAAUCACAAGGGGUGUCGCAUGAAAAAAAAAUGAAAAAAAGAUGCUUGAGACCAGUCGCGUCGCUGUAGCUUACCCGAACGAAGCGCAAUUAUUUGCAAUAGGCGAGAAAAUAAUGCCAGUACUAUUUAGCAAAGUCACAAAACUUUGUUCCGUGUGAAGCCGCGGGCCGCGUGUUUUAGACCCCUGAUAUAGUGGAAUGGUAUGCGUGAGCCAGCCUUCGAUUAUGAUGCAUGUAAAGAAUAAAUGCCUAAACAAUAAUCUCUCGCGUAGACCCGCGCGUGUGCCUGACUGACAGGUGGCGCUACCAUAUCUGAGCAUGAGCGGAUAAUUGCUGUGUCUACUUAUCUUUUCCGACACAGUGUAACCAUUCAGUUGAUCGUCGGGGUUUGUGUCGCCUAGUUCUUUUCAUUGCGCCCGUGUGUGCACGCCUUACCCUCCUUCAUGAUAAAUCCGUACCAAGUAGCUUAACUUUCUCUCGUUCUAAAACUCAGCACUGCAAGAUGCAGGCUUCUCAAACGUGACUACACAUCAUAGGCAAAAAUUAGGCAAGAACUUCAUCGAUACACCGGAAUUCAUCUCUCGGCGAAGCGUCUUGGCGGUUUAGUCAUUGGGCAAAUGAAUUAAGGAAUUAAGCAUGAAUAAAGGAAUGUAGAAAUGAAUUUAUAGCUUAUUUUGUUUGGUCCUGUGUUUUCCUGUUUUCUGUAUUAUUUAA